CCCACAAGGCUCUGUAAACCUCCACUUACAUACGGGAAAUGCAAUCACAUCCGGUAGGUGGUAAGGACUCAAAAUGGCCGAGGACGAGGACUGGCCUUCGAAUCACCAGCUUGUGACGGUUAUUCCAGGGGGCCCCGACCAGCUUUAUGAUGACCCAGGUGAUGCAACUGAUGUCAAGUCUGAGCCAGCCAGUCCUGAAGAGGAUACAUCAAGGACACACUUUGAUUCCCCUGAUGAAGACACAGAUUUGACAGUUGCCAAAGAACAAAGGCGGUUUGCACACAGUGCAGCAGAGCAGAAAAGGAGGGAUGCCAUACGAAAAGGUUAUGAUGACCUACAGACAAUUGUGCCGACCUGUCAUCAACCUAACAAUGCAGCAGCUAUGCAGAAGCUGAGCAAGGCAAUCAUUCUGCAAAAAUCAAUUGAAUAUAUAGUGUACUUGCAUCAACAAAGAAAGAAACAAGAGGAGGAACUGGAAGCACUCAGGAAAGAAGUGAUGGCCUUAAAAAUUAUGAAGACAAAUUAUGAGCAAAUAGCCAAAGCACACCAGAAUCAGCCAGCACAGGGACAGAAAACAGUACCAGAUCAAGCCAAAUUUACUGUGUUCCGACAGAUCAUGGAACAGCAAUUCAUGACAUUUAAUGCCUCUGUCAAUGUAACAAAUUUUGAAGCCUUGUCAGCAUGUAUAUUCAGCUGGCUAGAAGAAUAUUGCAAACCUCAGUAUCUGCAAGAGAUUGUCGUCAAUGCUCUCAAAAGUUUGAACAGCCAAGGACUACUGCAGCAGUAAAUAUACAUGAAGUGAACCCAAAAAUACCAGUGUGAGAAUAUUGGUCUGCUGGGACAUUGGUAGAAUUAAUCUAAGAUCUUGUGUGAUAAACUCUCCCUUUGAAGAAGGAAGUACCUUAAAACACAGGCAAAAUGCAAAGGAAAGACCUAGGAGAUAUGAAGUUUAUUCUGUCAGGGGUAUAGUGCAGAAGUGUGUUGCUUACUCAGUUUGUUAACCAGCCAAAGGUAAUAUUAGAGCUGCACAGUAUUAUCUCUUGCAAUAUUGUCAGCAAAGAACAACUUCUACAGUCUUCCUGUUUAUCACUGGUACCUUGCAAAGUUGUUCUGGUAUAUGUAGGGGUAUAGGCUUAACCACCUGAGGCAUAUUUAACCUGAGGUUUUGCAAAGUGUUGUAAAUUAUUUAUGUAUAUGUUAGAAGCUAAGGGUCAACAUAAAAGUUUUGGAAAGUUUGUACAUAAAACUAAUUUAUGUUUACAGGGAUAAUUUGUGAAGAAAACAGAAAAAAGAACGUUUUAACCCUUUUGGCUUUAAAUUUGGUUUGAAUCUGAACCACUUUGAAUUAGUUAUUGAGGUUUUGUGUAAUCUUGAACUCUAAGUUAGACCCGCAGUCAUAAAUGAUGUCAACAAGAGAAAAAUUCCUACAAAAAUGUUAGCUGUUCAGGGUCAGGCAGAGUGUCAGCCAUCAGUCUCUGCUCAAACAUCACUGAGGGCCCAUGGCUAUUUUCCACCAGCCAGUGCUUUUUUAUUGCUCUGUGUAUAGUCAGAUAACUCACCAUACAAGUUUGGAUGGAAUUCAGUAAAUAAUUAUGUUGAAGAGAAGGUCAAUUUACUUCAGUUGUUGUUGCAAUGGCUGAGAAUGGCCUUGAUUACAUACCUAGGUGGUUUUGCAAGGUGUGAACAAAAAAAAAUAUAUAUAACGUUACUGUAAAAGUAGAGUAAUAAAGUGUUAUUUGUUUGACAAUGAA